AUGCUCCUCCAAUGCUCUCAUCUGCUUAGCUAUGGCAGUUUACUCGGCAUCCAGGUCUUUCAGACCUGCGUGAAUGGCAUUGUGGCCUUCCAUUCCCUACCGCGUCCCUAUUUCUCUGUUCUCCAGACAGCCAUCUUCCCGGUCUAUUUCUCUCUACAGGCCUUCUUACCCCUGGCCGUGGUUGCAACCUCGCUGGGCUUCAACAAGGGCCAACUGCUGUCUUCCAAGAGCAUGGCUGUCGUCUUUGGGGCCGGAUUGCUCAACCUGCUCGUGUUCCGCCCGUUGACCUACAAGGUCAUCACAGAGAAGAAGCGUCAAGAAAUUCGCGACAAGAGGAAGAGCUACGAUCCCCCGCCGCAUUCGCCUGCCAUGGUUGCGCUGAAUCGUCGCUUCGUCUGGAUCCAUACAACUUCCAUUCUCAUCAACCUGGGCGGCCUGUUAGCGACAAUGGAGUACGGGAUAGCACUGAGCAAAAGAUUAUCAUAG